UAGGUCACAAAACCUAUGACCACUUUCACCAGUACUAUGGACGGAAUUCACAGCCGCCAUGAGGAGACAGAUCGCCCAGCGACGAGAGUCGAGCAUCACGCACUGAAUUCCGCCGCGGCUUCUCACCAGUCCGAUUUGAGGAGCUUUCCGCCGCCGGCGGAAGUUGUUGCCUCGGAGUCGGAAAUGUCCUGGGUUGCUGGCGUGUGCGAACUAACCCCCGUGAAGUGCGUCAAAACAAGGCCGCUUCAAGACGUCCUUCGCGACGCUAGCAGAAUCGCUAUUGCUACUACUAGUAGAAGGCGGCGUUCGCUGGAGAAACGGCCAUUUCAGCUAAGAAAAGGUCUGUCCUGCCAAGGCCGCGAAUCCGCCAAACGGCAACGCGGGAUAGUAAAGAAGCAGCAUUCCCAGUGGGAGGAAAGGGCGGGCGAUCUUGAAGAUCUUGAAGAUCUAAAUGGGCUGGCAGGUGACGAUGAUGACGUUAGAGAUGACUCAAGCAGCUCGAAGCUCUCCUUGCGUGGUCAACAAGAAUGCCAAAGGAUGGGCAACCUCAAGGCACUAAGCGCCAUACCUACGCCGCCUGGACGUCACAAGGUUCAGAGCAAAGAAAUAGAAGCAUCACACUUGCUGAAGCCCUUGAAGGCACCAAGCAGCACCAGACUUGAAACUAAAGGGGUUUUCAUCGAAACUGGCGAAAGGAGUGGCAGCAAACGGCAGAGGUUGGGAGCAGCCUCAAUGCGCAACACUCAAGACGGGGAGCUUGAAACUCAAGAUCCAAGCACUGCUGAAAGAGGUGCCGCGUAUCGUGCUGCCAAGCAGGAGCAGGAAAGCAGUGACGAGUCCCUGUCGGCGAGAGAGCGGAGGAGAGGCGCAGAGCCAGGCGAGCCGGAGGUCUGCUCCACUUUCCAGAGUGUCUCCAAAUCCUCUAAACAGGCCUCUCAAUCCUCUCCAAGUACGCUGAAGGAUUGUAUGCAUGGCUGCGGUAGCCCUACAAAUGCCAUUGACAUUGACACUAACGUUGGCAUUGGCAGUCGUAGGCCGACAACGAAUAUGGGAAGGGGUGGCGGCAGCGGCAGGGACAGUGGCAGUGGCAGUGGCAGCGGAAAUAGUCGUGAACGAGCAGAAGAGGAUGGGGACGGAGCGGAGGCAAGUGUGACAGCUGGGGUAGGCAAAAAGGAGGGUGAGAAAGAUGGAGCGGAGGGCAACGCAGGUGAUCGUACCAAGGGUCGUGGUGGGAAUUGUGAGGACGGAAUGGAAGGCGUUGGUGGUGUGCAUGCUGUACUACAUCCAGCCAGUGAUGCAGCAGAGGACAACGCAGGUGAUUGUACCAGGGAUCGCGGUGGGAGGAAUUGUGAGGCAGAGGACAACGCAAAAAAGGGCGCUGGGCUGAAAAAGAAUUGCCAGGCUGUAUUGUAUCUAGUCAGUGAUGCAGCAGAGGUCAGUCAGGGUGGCACAUAUGUUAUUAAGCCUGUGGUGGGUACGAGGGAUGUAGAUAGAAACGGUGAAGUGCCAAGUGCAGGGAGGGGAGCAGGACAUGCCAAGUCCACAGCAAAUGGUGGGAUUAAGAGGGGUAUUGCUGGUGAGGGGGACGUUGGUGAUGGGGGCAAUGGUAAGGGGGACGCUGGUAAGGGGGACGCUGGUAAUGGGGAUGCUGGUAAGGGGGACGCUGGUAUGGGGGGCGCUGGUAAGGGGGAUGCUGAUAUGGGGGAUGCUGGUAAGGGGGAUGCUGAUAUGGGGGGCGCUGGUAAGGGGGAUGCUGAUAUGGGGGGCGCUGGUAAGGGGGAUGCUGAUAUGGGGGGCGCUGGUAAGGGGGAUGCUGAUAUGGUUAAUGCUGAUAUGGGGGAUGCUGGUAUGGGAGCUGAUGGAAAUGCUGCUAUUGGGGAAGUGAAGAAGGCUGAAGAUGAGGCAGGGGAACGGGGGGGCACCGACAGGGGAUGCGUUGGUCAGGGGACCGCUGAGACAGGGGCUGAUGAGAACGCUGCUUUUGGGGAAGUGAAGAAGGCUGAAGUUGAGGCGGCAAGGGCCAGGGCUGGAGAUCUGCGAGUGGGAGUCAAGAGAAUGGCUGCACAGACCUUUGAGUCCACUCAAAAGUUUGUUGGGGAAGUGAGGAAGGCUGAAGAUGAGGUGGCAAGGACCAGCCGGGCUGGAGCUUUGCACGUGGGAGUGGAGGGUAUGAUUGUGCCGACCUUUGACCUCAACUGCAUUCCCUCUGGCUGCAGCAGCGAUGGCGACUGUGAGGGCGCUGGGGAUGGUGGCGGGGACGGUGAUAGUGGGGGCGGUGAUGGUGGUGGUGGUGAAUUUGGCUUUGCUGUGGGAUAUUUGGGACAUAGGCUGCUUCAGAGGCAGAAACAGACGCAGAAAAAGCAGGAGAAGCAGCAGCAGCAGCAGCAGCAGCAGAAGCAGCAGCAGCAGCAGCAGCAGCAGCAGCAGCAGCAGCAGCAGCAGCAGGUGCUGGAGAAUGGAAGUACCAGCCGACUAGCGAUAGGUCCGAAUGAUUCCGCUGCAGCAACACUCGUUAUCGCAGCAAAAGAAUCCAAGGUACGGCAACAAGAACGUCCCACCCUCCCUGACCCCAGCUCUUUUGGCACCUGCCAUGCCUCUUCAGGGGAUUCUUCAGGAGGGCCUUCAGGAGAUUUGUUUCUAGAGGCACCUAAUGGUGCUGAAAUCACCAUCCGACCACAACCCACCACCCCUCCACAACCUAAGGUGCCACAUGGACUGCUGUCAAAUCCGAACCGUUUUCGCUUGCAUCCUCACCAACGGUUUGAGCUCCUGCAUACCAUGAGGCAACCCUACCCCCAGCCACACCAGCAGCCCCACCAGCAACCCCACCAGCAACCCCAACAGCAACCCCACCAGCAACCCUGUCACCAGCUAUACCAGUACCCUCAGCAUUCAGUCAACCAGCAAUUGUCCCAACAACCCCAGCAGGAGCCCGACCAGCAGCUAUACCAACUCCCUCACCAUUCAACCAGCGAACAACUCUCCCAACAACCCCACCGGCAACCCCAGCAGCAACCCCAGCAGCAUCCCCACCAGCAUCCCCACCAGCAUCCUCACCAGCAACCCCACCAGCAACCCCACCAGCAACCACUCCACCUGCAGCCCUCCCACCAGCCCUCUCAGCAGUUCUUCCUGCAACCUCAGCUCCAGUCCAACCAGCAACAUCAGUUCCAUUCAGACCAGCAUAUUUUUCAACAACCCAGACUGCAGACAUGCAAUCAAGAACCGUACAUACAACCCUCCUGCCAAUCCUGUCAUGCCAAGUGUACCAUUCUCAAUGCUACUGGCCCAUGUUUUCAUGUACCUGCUACCAUUGCUGGCCCGUCUUUCCCAUGCCUUCGCCCUAGCGAUGGCAUCCCCUGCUACCCUGUCAAAAGAGACCCCUGAUAUUGUUCAUGGUGACCCGAUAAACUUACUAUCCUCUAUUCGACGAAAACUCGAGCCGUUUGGAAUCUCUUGCUGACUCUUGCUGACGCUAUUUAACUUGAU